GUGUACCCUCUGCGGCCCGUUCCAUACCACACCAAUCGGGACGUACACGAUAGAGAGGAAAUCGUGUUCCUCGCCAGUCCGUACACGCCACUAGAAUUCACUGAACAUACUGCGAGAAAAAGAAGGGUGAUAAAAAGAAGGCUAGGAGAAAGAGAAGGUGAAAGCAAAGAAGGGCUUAAAAAUAUAUUUGGUUGGGAGCGGAGGACGCAUUGGUUCGCAAGGAGAAGAUUAGUGAUUCAAACCAUUUCCUAACAUUUUCUAUAUUCGGCGGAGAAAAAAGUCUCGUUAGCUAGCUAGCUACUGUUACGAGGUAGCGGAAUGUGUAGCUAGCUAAUUAGCAAGGAAUUUGUGUUUUGUAUUAACUUGGUUUACGUGUUCUAUUGUGACUAUUUUUCUAACGCUAGUAAUCGUGUGGAAUGUGCACGAGCCACACAUGGUCAUGGUGUUCUGUAUUAAUUAGACAAUAACAAUCUAGCUAGCGGUACAAUAUAUUUGGCCAAGAAGACCAGCUACAAUCAGCUAUUUUCACAUUCAAGGAAUAGCAUUCCUUGUCCCAGAAUAGGGAAUAAGUCAAAGGUAGCUAGACUUGUAAGUGUAGACUAGCUGCCGUCCAAUGUUAAUGUCGACCGACGUCGCAUCCAUAAUGUUACCCGUUACUCGGGGAAUGAUGGACAGGGAAAAUGACAUUGAUACAGCAACCGGACCCCACUCUAACACGACCGGGGGUCCAGCAGCAGUAGUCCGGGGAAUGAAACGAGGGGAUCCUGAGCAAACAUCUGCAGCUUUGACCGAAUUAGCAGGAGCAGAGUGCAAACGGCCACGGAUAGACGGGACGGUGGGUGUUGGUGACAUUGGACAGAACAACGACCCUUUAACCCCAGGUUUCCUUGGAUACCCACCUCACAGCCAGGGUUCUCAAGAUUCAACGGGGGGCCAGGAGGGGCUGGUGCCCCCGCCCUUCUCAGCGUUCCCUCCACCACCCCCUCCGCAGAACGGCCUGGGGACAGAGUUUGGCGGUGCUUUGUUUGGUGCUGGUGGGCAGGGGCCUUCGGACUCAGGGGCUGGAACAAAUGGCUCAGCCACGACUUCCAACAUCUUACCCACCCCGGUCAGUGUUAUGCAGACAGAAGUGUCUCCAGGUCAGGUAGAUGGAGUGGGGCAGUGCGUGGCAGUGGAAUUAGCAGGAGUAUCCGGGGCUGACUCCGCAGAGGCCAAAGGAACCCCAAAACGACUUCACGUCUCCAACAUCCCCUUCCGCUUCCGAGACCCUGACCUCAGGCAGAUGUUUGGGCAAUUUGGGAAGAUUAUUGAUGUUGAGAUCAUUUUCAAUGAGAGGGGCUCAAAGGGCUUUGGCUUUGUCACGUUUGAGACCAGCGCCGACGCGGAGAAAGCCCGGGAAAGGCUUCACGGCACGCUAGUGGAAGGUCGCAAGAUAGAGGUUAACAAUGCCACGGCCAGGGUGAUGACCAAUAAGAAGAUGGUCAGCCCCUACCCCAACGGAGAGGCCCUUAGCACCCUGCCAUAUGCAGGAUGGAAGCUAAGCCCAAUGGUGCAGGCAAUGUACGGACCAGAGCUCUAUGCAGUUCCGGGGUUCCCCUACCCGUCUGCGGCAGCCUCCACAGCAGCAGCGUUCCGUGGUGCCCACCUUAGGGGCCGGGGAAGGCCAGUGUACAGCGCGGUGCGUGCGGCGAUGCCACAGCCUGCCCUCCCUGCCUACCCUGGCGUGGUGUAUCAGGAUGGUGGGUUUUAUGGAGCUGCAGACUUAUACGGAGGCUAUCCUGCCGCUGCCUAUCGCUUUGCUCAGCCUACUGCUGUAACCGGGGCAACUGCUGCCGCCGCAGCUGCUGCUUACAGUGACAGUUAUGGGCGAGUGUACACUACAGAUCCCUACCACGCUCUAGGUCCUGCUGCCGCUGCCUAUGGAGUCGGUGCCAUGGUAAGAGCCCCCCAGCCGCAACACUACAACAACAGGCUGGAAACUGAGUUAUCUUCACUUUAUGCUAGUUUAUAUCGGGCUGGAUACAGUAGGUUUGCUCCGUACUAAACAGCACUCGCACCAUGGAAUUCCACAUUUCUGAACCUCUUCAUUUGGAAAGAGCUCCCCUCCAUUUUCUACGGGUGGUAGUAUUAACCCAUGUGUUUUGGAAAAAGGUCAUCCACUCAAGAUAAACUCAACUGUAACUCGGCUUGCUUCAACUGUCACACUCAGUGACAUAGUAAUGGACGAAUGAAAACUGCCUGUGAAUUUCAAGACUGGCAACAAUAAUUGAAGACAACUGUGGGAAGAACAAGAAUGGUUACAUAAAAAAACACUAUUGGACAUGGAUGGAGAAAUUGCUGCCCACCAGUAACUUUUUACACUACAUCACUACACACCUUUGCUCCUAAUAGUCUGUGGUAAUAAUACUCAAAUGUAAAAUGCACACAUAUGUACACAGCUCAAUGUGUUAGUACGACCUAAAAGUAUGCCAUCACUAGCCUGAAAUCUUAGGUCCUUUAUAUGAAACAGUACAUUGACAAAAAGCUCCCCAGUGGAGGAAUCCCAACAAUGAACACAUGCAAGUUGUUUUUUUAAAGAACCUGUUCAACAAAAAGGUGAAUGGCACGAAGAAACGCAAAAGUAGCAAAAAGUCAAUAAUCUGAACUACAAAAGCUGAGCGACGACGCAGUUAAAUCUAGGUAACAGCUGUUGCUCUGAAAAUGAUUAGAGAAAUCCAAACAGUCUACCAUUACACCACCAACCCAACUGUAAAAGAUAAACGGUGUGAAAAUGACAAGGAAAAAGAAACAAAAUGACUUGUUUUUGUUCUGCAUUACCUCAGUUUUUCUUUUCUAUAAUUGUCUAUGAAAAAGCGUUGCUUAAAAUGAUUAUUGUUAUAUAAUGUGGAUGCAAUGAAAUUACAUCCACUAUCAUCAUCAUCAUCAUCAUUUUCACAUUUUCCAGUUGAUUAAUACUGUUAUUGCUGGUCUAAGUAUUAUGAUUAUGAUUCUUACUGUAGUUGAAACUAUAACGACACAAGUCUUUUGAUCUGUAUCAUGUAUCCUUACUAUUAUAUACCUACAUUGUCUUCAUUUAUCCUUUUGAGAAUAUUGUACAACUCAUGCCUGCUCAACACAACUCCUUAUACAUUUUCUCUUUGCUAGACUAUAUGACAUUCCAGGUGUAGCAUCACAAUUGUGACUGAAAGGGGUAAAAACAUUGAAAGUGUCUGGGCAUAGCUAACAUGCUGUAGAAACCAGUCAUGCACGCUGGACCCAGCUAUUUACAGAUAAGAGUGGAAUUCUUAGGGGUUUGAGGGAACAAACCAGAUGGUAGGAAACAUAUGAGAAUUACAAACACUACAAGUUGAUGUUACUUUUGGUUUCACCAUUUUUAAUAUAUAUUUUUUUGUCAAAUUGACACAUACAGACACUCGAGAAGUGACCGUAAUGUUCACCCAAUGCAAUCUUCCUCUCUCCUAAGUAUUUGGGAAUGUUCUAGUCCAUUAUGUAUUAAAGUCACUGCCUCAAUGCUACUUUAAGGUACAGGAAGUGGCAAACAAAAAUAUAUAAAUAGACCUAUGUAUCUCCAUAUACUCUGAAUAUCUUAUUGCUAUUGUUUGUCUUUUGGUUCCAAAGAUUCUCUAAAAGCACAUUUGUUGGUCAAGUGUACAAAUUUAUUAUACUUUUUCUGAUUGUUCUUGCUGUUAUUUUUGCUCUUUUUCUAUUUUAUGGUGGGUUCAAAGUGCACCCUUUCAGUUUGCUGAUGGUGGUGUUUUAAAAGCACCCUGUCCUAGAAAAUGUCAUCUGAGAAGUGGAAAGAGAAGAUAGGGGCAAACAUGAAUUUAUUUGCAUAAUUUUAUAGCAACAGAUUAAUAAACUUAAAAUCCCCAAAAUACAUUUGGGAACUGGCAAAGUUGGUCUUUUAAAACGGGGCUGCUGAAUGUGCCGAGGGGUUUUGAUGAAGUGGUCCCAGGCAGAUGAUAACCCAACAUUUUACACUGCCUUAAAUAUAACAUUUAGGGGUCCACAGUAGACUUGAGAGGGGAAUUUAGCAUUUUGAUACAGAAUAAAUGUCAGACCAGAGUGAGUGUGAUGAUGAAACAAAGCGUUCUAUUCCACACCAUUUUAACGAGCCCCCACAUGCCUCCUUUUCCCAGUUGGGAGUGAGUGUGUAGUUCAGCGACAGUUGUAGGGUGGAGGACCCAGGUAGAGAGCUGAGCCAUAAACCACCUGUUGACAUGAUGAUUACCAUGUUACUAGCUGUUUUAUCAGGCCCGGAGGGAUGCAUACCGCUCCAUUAGUUAUUCUGUUGAGUAUUUAUGCCAUGAUGUUAUGACAAUAAGAAUUUUGAACUUCUCUUUAAAAGUAUUAAAAGUAUCAGUAUGCAUGUUUCUGUGAGAAGGACGGGGUCAAAAGUCAUUUCAUUUGUUGCAUGAAUCAAAACAUUUUCUAUGGAAAGGAGGUUAUGUGAAAUAUGAAGGCAGGAUAGAGAGGGGCUUCAACAUAGUCCCCUUGAGUUGGUUUCUAGUUGGGGGGGAAUAAUGAUAUGUAAAAUACUGUUUGUUUUAAGUUUAUGCCUGGGUUAUCUAUGUUCUUCUGUGGUCAUGGUAUCAUUUGAAUUACCAGUUAUAUCUCUUAGUUCAAUUUUAAUUUGGAAUGUUGAACCCCUGCAGUUUUUCCUUUUGAAGUAUGUUAAGUAACCAAUGAUGUUGUCCCAGCAUGCACACAGCAGUUCAGCACAGACUGAACUAAUGUUGUUUCCAAUGCCAUCCCUCCAUAAGUUGACACUUGUUACCCAGCAGUGGAGACUCCCAUGUGCCCUCUCACGGCUGCUGAGAUCACCUUAGACCCAGCUGUGUGUCUGACUUACCCCUGCACUGUGCUGAAGUCAACCUAGUGGGAGUUGUUGGACAGGGAUUUCAUAUGAGUUGGAAUUGCAUGUGACUUUUUUGUUUUCACAUGUGCAUUGCAAAGCUCAUUGAUCCAAGUGCUAUUUUUUUUAUUUUCUCCAAGUGACUUGUGUAUUUCUCUUCAUUUCAUCCAUCUUCAUGUUUGCCUUCUAUUUCCUGUCAUUGUUAUUGAAUGUACAUAAUAAACGGUUUGGUUUUUA